AUGUCUUCUUCCGGCAAAGACAAGGCACGUCUUGUAGAUCCUUUUAGUGAGAACAAUGACCAGAUGCUUCGCCGGCUCAUUGAUGAAGGCUUUACCAGUAUCAGCCACGGGAAAAACCGAGUUAACCUCAUGCAAGCUGGCACUGGCUUAGAAUUUGUUUUCAAGAGGCUUCAGCCAGUCGUACCUCUACCUGACCGCGAGUGGUACUCCGCAGUUUUUAGGAACUAUGAUGUGGACCGAGACGGCGAGAUCGACCGCGAGGCGUUUGAAGACAUAAUCUUGCAGUACCACGCACAUCAUUACGAGAAGGUUUUUCAAAACAGCAGACGUCCAGGCCAAACGCAACUUGCAUCGUACAUUAUGUUUCCAGCGCAUCACGGCGUCUGUCAGGUUUUUAAAGAUUACCAAUUUGGCGACGUUGUUGGGAAGGGUAGCUUUGGCAAAGUCCAGCUGGUGACGCACAAGAAAACAGGCGCGAAGAGAGCUUGCAAAACUAUUGCAAUCCAGUCACCGGAACAGUGGAAGCUUAUUAAAUCCGAGGUGGAACUACUGAAAGCGUUGAAUCACCCCAACAUCAUGAAGCUCUUUGAGACGUAUCAAGAUGGUUACACCAUUUAUCUUAUCAUAGAGCUCUGUAAGGGCGGGCCACUGUUCGACCGCAUUGUUCGGCACUACGAGGUGAUGCGAAGUCCACUUACAGAGGAACAGGUCUGCGUUUGGAUGAGGCAGAUCUUGUCCGCGUGCUCUUACUGUCAUGAGAAAGGCGUUGUUCAUCGAGACUUAAAGCCAGAAAAUAUACUUUUUGUAGAUGUGCAUGCUGAUUCACCUCUCAAGAUAAUCGAUUUCGGGCUCAGCGGCACCCUCAAUCGGCUUCGCGAGACGGCCACGGAGGUUAAAAGGCGGUUCGGAGUUAGCGCUUCUAUAGCGAAGCUGUUUCCAAUAAUGAGCGGGAAAAAUAUCAUCCCAUGGUACUUGCUCUACUAG